AUGGCGAUAUCAUCGGAGCGCGAAUCCUCCCGUUUUAAGAACAUGAUAUCAAGUUUCCGCAAGGAACGGGGAACGCGCCGCCGCGAGAUGGAGCCGGCUCUGUGCCUGCUCAAGUCCCACUCCCUCCAGCCGGGCUUCGAACUCUCCCGCCUUGGCGAAAGCGGCAACAUCAUUUCGUUUACUCCUCGCCCGUCGCUAGAGCUUACGCAGGCCACUCCUGGCGUGCUGGCGAACGGAGGUGUCGGCGAACCAAUCGAGGUGGUAACCCGUCAGAAGACAGCAGCUGAAAAUCAUCGCCGGCAGCAGAGCUGCGGAGGACAAGGCCCAGCCGGCAACGGUGAUGGUUACAAGCCGUCUAUUUUGACGGCGAUGAAGGAGCAACCGUUAUCGUGUGACGGCCCGGCCAGAGCAGCCGCAGCGCCCUGGGGUGGUGAAUACAUUGAAGCGUUCCGAUCGGCUCGUGUAGAAGACAACCUGAAGAACCACCUGAAGGACAACCUGCAGGUGAAGGACGAAGAGUGCCAGGUAGAUGAACAGCAUCGCGAAGUCGACGCUCCCGGCACGCUAAAGAUCUCUGUUGUACCUGAGAGGAUUCAGGGGGGUUUCCAGGGUGAAGCUGGGCCGAUGGCGAAAUGCGAUGAUUUAACGGCAGCUGCAAUGAUUGCUGAUUCAAUUGAAACGCCCAAUUCUGUCAUGGUAAACGCGGAAACUACCCUCUCUGUGGGCAGCGAAUCGCCGGCUGUCAGCAACGAAGAUGCGCCGGCGGAUUGCGGAGGGGUCGAGAGCGGUGGAUGGGAAGGGAAUGCGCGCAGAAGCGACGGGGAAUGCGCGGGCGAGAGCGGAGAAGAGGCGGCGGAAGGGGGUGCGCGGAGCAGCGGCUGGGGGGAGGGGGACGCGAAGGCAGCGAAGGAAGCGGGUGCGGAGGUUGACGAGACGGUAGAUGGCGGCCCAGAGAGUGAACGGCGGGCGCGUUUCAGAGAGCGGGUGAGCCUCCCCCAGUUGAAUCUGCGCCUGACUGCCCUGCCGCUGCUUCGGGCAGAAAGCUCGGGCAGCCCGAAAACAAAAGAGCAGGAGGAGGCAGCCCUGUGGACGGAGGAGUGUGGGACACAGAGGAGGGAGGGGCAGCAGGGGCGGAGAGGAGAAGGCGGAGCGGAUGGGUCCGCGGAUGCGGGGAAGGCGGAUGAGGGAAAAGCGGAUGAAUUCGCGGAAGGGGGGAUUGUAAGUUGCCCGGCCCGGAUUGGCCCUCCGUCGUCUUCGUUAUUGUCACCAUCCGUUAGAAGGCCGUCGCAGUCAACGCCCCAGACUCCCGUGGGCGGCGAGAAUAACCGUUUCCGCACUGGAUUUGGCCGCGACGGCCAUAAGGCGGGAAACGGGGGGACAAGCAGGCGGACAGGCGGGGAGGGGGCGUGGGGGAAGCGCGCGGAGCAGGGUGGGGGAGAUGGGGGCGGAACCGGCGCACUGAGAGCUGCUUUGCGGGUGGCUCUGGGAAAGAUGCCGGGUGCUUGA